AAUAUUCCGACACCACUCAUAGUCGUGAUAUAGACAGGUAACGUCGGAUAUUCCAUUCUUAAAAAGCCCAUCCUGUCCUGGUGCACAUCGCUACAGACACCCAUCUAUCCAGUUUGUAGGAAGACCUAGUCUCGGUACGGAGCCGUGUAUUAUACAUUGCUCUAAAGGAUUCGUAGGCGCAUGGUGUUGUGAUAACCCAAUACUUGCAGUACAGAAUCCCUACCUUUUGGUAGUCUCUACUAUUGCUGCUGCUGAAGCCACUACUGCCGAUUCCCGCGCCAAACCUCUCGUGCAGUCGUUCUCAUCAAAUCAUCAGCGCUGUACCAUACGUCGAGAAGUUCAAUACUUGGCGCGCAAAAAUUAUUUUUCUCCAUAAUUGUUCAGACAAAUAGGGAAAAAGAACUGAUUGUAGAAUAAGCCGUGCGACAUUUUAGUAUGUUAAAACGACGAUAAUAAAACGAAAAAACACAGUUGAAAAUUGGAUUAAGAUAAAAGUUUAAUCCUUGAUUGCUGGACUUUGGAAAUUAAAAUAUGGACAAUAUGGAGGAAACACCAAGGCCAAAAUUGAUCAUCUUUGACUUAGAUUACACAUUAUGGCCGUUCUGGGUUGACAGGAAAGUAAAUGUGGAACCACCUUUCAACAGAACUCCAGACGGUAAAGUAUUUGAUGCACGCAGCAGAGAGGUUCAUUCUUUCCCUGAUAUAGAGCACAUCCUCAAGAAGCUGAAAAACGACAAAUUCAAGUUGGCAAUUGCCUCAGAAGCUUUCAAUAAAGAAGAGGUCCGGAGACUUGUUUCCUACUUUGGGUGGGAUGUUUAUUUUGAUCACAUGGAAGUUUAUCCGGGGUCCAAGAUUACUCACCUUCUCACAAUCAAGAAAGAGAGCGGGGUGGAUUUUCCUGACAUGAUGUUCUUUGAUGACGAGAGGGAUCAUCUUUCAGAAGUGGCACACACGUGUUUAGGUGUGACAUGUAUUUGGGCAAAUCGUGGAGUGUCAGAAGAAAUAUUGGAAGAGGGAUUCAAGGCCUUCUCAAACAACCACAUUAGCAACGCUAACAACAAUAACAACAACAUGCUUCACUCCAGUACAAGCUCUCUCAACAGCAACGACUCCGAGGAGUCCCAGAGUGAAACAACUGUGUUCUACGUACACAAAAGGCGCGGGUCACGUGCCUCAAUUACAUACGAUACUCCUCCAGUUAUUGACAGGGCUGUGCGCCUCCGCGGUAGAAGAAUGUCCGCCCCAGCGUUAUCAAUUCCCAAAUUGGAUACCAAAAAGCUUCUGGCGUGUCAAGAAAUAAACGAAAACUAAAUAUUAUACAUUAAGCUGAAAGAUUUUGUCAUGUCCUUAAAAUAGGGAAAACAAGCUUUACAAUAGUCACGUGACAUUGUGAUAAUGAGGUUGACUCGUAAAAUGUCCUCGUUUAAAUCGAGUAUUUAUACGUGUAUCUAGUGGAAAAAAUGUUUGUUAUGACAGAAAUCAAGACCGGAUUUUGACGUGAAAAGUGUGCUUAGAGAUGUGACAUUUUUGAAAGGGAUGAAUUUGCGCACAAAUUGGAUGAAAGUGCGAUGAAAUAUUUGUAAUACACAUAUGGAUAAUCAAAUUUUGAAAUUUUGAUUUUAAUAGAACAUGGGGUAAAUAGAGUAUACAGGAGCAUGCAGACUCACUACCGAAUCAUGAACGACACCACGUAAAAACUCACUGCGUUGUCUGAACAGAUGCAACGAUGUAAUUGGACGAUUUAAGUAGGUGUUUAACAGACGAUAGAUCUAUGAAGAGGCGACAUCCCGCCCAUCACGUGAUCAUAAUACAGCAUCUGGAGCUGAGCAGGUGCAUGUGUUUGUAUUGAGGAGAGUGAAGUACGUCUACAGUGCCACAUUCACAGCGUAAUUGUCUGAAGAUGAAAAGAAUCUUGAAUGAGCGGGGAGGAUAAGAGAUGAAUAAAUAAUACAACAUUUGUUCACAAAAAAAUACGUCCGUUGACUUUGGGAUGAAAGAAGUAUCUAAAUGGAUACAAACAUAAGUUGAGGGUUUACAUGUGUAAGGUAAGCGUGAUGUUAAGAUUAUACAAAGUUUGUGGGGAAUUACUUUAAUAACACAGAAUGCUAUAACUCCCUUUCAAGUUUAUAGUAAUGAUUCUUAGCCUAAUUUCUAAACAUAACAAUGUCGACACGCUAUAUGUAAUGGGUAUUAGGAGCGAUUUAUGUGGCGUCGUCCUUUAGUAUUACGCCAGAAUGUAUAAUGUGUUCAAUUGAGGAAAACUUUACGUUAAUCGAAAUCCCAACAAAUGCCAUUCCUUGCAUUUCUAUACAGGAUAAAGAUAUGUGUACAGAAUUAGCAACAGAAACUAACAAACAAAGAGAAAGAAAGAAAGAGCGAGUAUGAGGUGAGAGAACGGAAGGGUUUAUGGAGUUUUGUGGGGAAUGGAAAUUAGGUACAUGUAUAGUGCUAGUUUUUGGGAGAGAAAGUCAGUAUUGCAGCUACUUUUCUUUGAGAACAAUGAAGUAUUAGAGCAUUAUUGGUGAGAGAGUAAGGCAUUAUGUAAGGUAGUAUUAAGAGAGAUAAACAGUAUUGGAGCUAGCAAUGGGCUUAAAAUGCAGAAUUUGAUAAUUGCUAGGUACGGAAGGAAGAAAAGCUGUAUAAGAGCUAGUAAAAGAUUGCAAAAGCAGUAUUUGAGCUAACAUUGGGAGAGAGGAAGGCAUGAUUGAUGCUAGUUUUGAAAGGGGAGAAAGGUGUGAGUGUUGGUAGUAGUAAUGCGAGAUUUGUGCAAGUUUUAGGAGGGAGGGAGAAAUGCAGUAUAUAUCUUACGUACUAUAAUGUGCAACACAGCGGGGGAGAGUGCAGAGAGUAUGUACGAGAUCUUGGCGUGAGAUUCAACUUAUCUUUCCUAUCAGGAUACGAAUGGAGGAUGAGGGAGAAGGAUAGUUCCUAAGCUUUGUAGUGUUUUAACGCAAUCAACAUUACCUUGAUAUUAAUUGAUUUUAGUCUUUCAUGUAGAUAUGAUCUUAUGUAUUACAUGUUUUAAUUGCAUGUAGAGGUUUCGUAAACGCUCGCUCUGUAAGUGUGUAAGAAUGUAUGAAGAUACGGCUAAAUAUCAGCAAAUGGUUGUGUUUAUAUCUUACAUAGAAAUAUUCAGGCGAUGAUGAAUAUGUGUUUUUGCCAUUCUCGAUCGAGAAAAUAUUAACCCAUUCAAACGAAUAUUGUAUGACACCUACUUUUUCAUUAGUGUUUAUAUUUGUCAAAUGUUUUACAAAUAUCUUAAAACAACGUGUACACAACGUUUUAAUAUAUUGCAUUUUGAAAGAAACGUGCAUUUUAGAAACAAAAUUCAUAUCAUGACUUUUUUUGCCAUUAUUCCCCCACAUGACGAGGUAAAAGUUUUACCCACAAAUAUUUAUUGUCUUUUGUGCUCUUAUACAUACACCUAAAAUUGUUAUUGCAAUUGUCACAAAUAAUCAAAAUAUAAUGAUCAUAUUCGUUUUUUUCAUUUUGAAAACUGCAGAAAAGAAAAUAAGAAUAAGUACAUUGUGAAUUUCUGUAAAAGUAUCAGGUAUAUAAAUGCGAAUUGAAUAGACAGGUUUAAAUUAUUUUGAAUUCACAAGUACAGUUGAAAAUGUUUUUAUUUCGUGAUUUUCAUAUAAUGGCAUGUUUGGUAAUAUUUCCCGAUUGAUGUUAUCCUGCACGUGCACGGCCACACGUGCAAGGUCACACGUGUACCGCCACACGUGCACGACCCCUCUCCCAUGUCUCACCUUACAAUGUUGUACUGUAAUUAUGUUCAUACUUUAUGACGUAUAGAUUGUGAUAAAUUUCGUAGCAGUGUUAUAUAAGUGAGUAGACAUAUAGUUAUUAUAUAUAUAUGAUAUAUGAUGUAAACGUAGAUGUUUAUUUGUAUAUAUACGGUUCCUGACGAAUUGUACAUAUUAGUUUAUAAACGAAAGAUUAUGAAUAUUCAUAAGAGCUGAGUAUGUAAAUUAUAGUGCUGAAUAUGUAAAUGAUCGUCCACUGUGCAGACUAGUCUACGCCAUGGUGGUAAGAUGAUUGGUUCGGGUUUACAGAGGUAGAAAAAUAAAAUUUGUAAAUUCAA